AAAAUCAAGGUUGGACAUCUGAGAGUGUUGAUACAAUUGGCAGUGCCGUAGAUUCAGGUUAUUAAAUUGCAACAUCACAAAGACAAAACAGUGACAUGUUUGUUUGUGACUCAGCGUUUCCUGUGAUAACAGAUAUAAUUGCACAGUGGAGAUGAGAAUGACCCUACAGUCAUACAGUAUUGUGUAACCUUUAACAUAGAAACCUGGUAAAUUACAGAGUGUUGUCCUUUUUAAUAUCUAGCCUGUCAUCUGUUCAGACAAAACAUAUCAACAAAAAUAAUUAAAUAUACAAAACAAACAAACAAAAAAAAAACAGCUUUCUAAACUCUAAUUGGUUAAUUCCACCCAUGGAUAGUAGAAUUUUAACCAAUCAUAAACAGCAAAGGGCGUAGUCCUCGUUCUUGGCAACUUUUGAGGCCAACUCCCGCGAGAUCUUGUUUCCUGCGUUUGGUGGCGUUGCUAUAGCUACAGUAGCGUUGCAGUCAGUGGAGAAGCUUCUGCACGCUCCUCAGCUGAUGCGCUGCAGACCUACAAAUGCUUUCUAGGCCCAGGAGUUUUCGAAUAAUAGAUGACAGUUUAAAAGUCCAAAUCCCAGACUAUGGAUCCAGGGGAUGAAUUAAAUGACCUCCGGCUUCAAUUCCAAGCACUACAAAAACAGCAAGAGGAAAGAAAACUGGACAGGAAACGAAAGAAAGAACCGGACAAGCCUGACGUCACUGUUGUGCAGGAUGAUUUAGAAUUAUUGAAACAAGGCACUCGGAUGGAAAAUGCACCUGAAAAUAACAGAUCUAAAGGCACUGACAAUCAGAAUUUGCCAGAUCAACUUAGAGAGCUGAAAGAUGAAAAUAGCCGUCUCUUUAAACUCCUGACUGAAAAAGAGUUGGAAAUCAAACACCAAAAGAAGAAACGAGAGGAAGAAAGACUGGCUUUGGCAGGGACAUCAGGGUUGGCUGGGGAUCUGGCAGCCACCAAGAUAGUAGAGCUGGCCAAGAAGAACAGAGAGCUAACCACGGAAGUAGAGCGAGAAAAGCUCAAGUCCAAGCAACACAGCAACAGAAUUAAACAGCUUGAAAAGGAGCUGCAGUCCGCUUUGGUGCAAUCUCCAAGUGGACAAAUAGACACAAAGUCAGUCUCUCAGAGAAGGUUGCCUGAUGACAAUGAGCAGGAGAACCCGGCAGUAAAAUCACUGCAGGAAAAAUUAUCUGCCGUCCAGUUCAAAGUGACUGAAUAUCGCAACCAGGUUCAGUCCCUCAAACAAGAGCUGAAGGUAGCUCACAAGGUUGUAAUCAGUGAAGUUGGAGAGGAAGUCAACCUUCAACAAUUACUCAGCUCCCCGGGAAACUUUAGGGGCCGCUCUCAACAGAUCCUGGCUCUGCAGACAAGGGUAAAAGAUCUAGAGCAGCAGCUGAGCCAGGCGACACCCAGGAGACAGUUGAGCGUCCUGAGUGUGGAGGAAGAGUUUCUGGGUCUGAAAACCCCUUCUCAGGAGAGGAACCUCGGCUUCAUCCGCACCAUUGAGAAGGAAAAGAGGGAAGCGUUCGAGAGGAUUUCAAUGGAUUAUGAGGUGCUCCAAAAGGAACACGAGGAGGUGAAGAAAAGGCUGGAUGCCUGUAAGGCCAGGAACAAAUCCCAGUCUGCUGAAAUGAAAACUCUCAAGGUUCAGAUUUCCACCCUGUUGGACAAGGGUAAACACGACAAUGAGCUUGUGGAUGCUCUGCUGAAACAGCAAACACAGAUGCAGGAGGUUCUAAGGCGGCUCAGCCAACAGCAGAACCAUCAGGAGUUCCAUCAGAGCCUGAGACAACAGCUGAGCACUGAGCCUGCAGAGCACUACGUGCUCCUCCAAAAACUCAGGCAAACAGUUGCUGAGAAGGAGACGAUGAUUAAACAACUGAAGGAGGAAAUACAGCAACUCUCCAUCACGGAGGAUAGCGUUGGAGGACAGUCCGGCGUCAGGAGCAGCCGCAGUUCUGAGUUUUCCUCAGAAGAGGGAGACAUUGGCAAGAGAAAAACAUCGUCAGGUUCACUUAAUAAAUAUGGCCAUAAAUUGGUGCUGCCCAAUCUGAAGAGCAGUAUAGAGUUAAAGGCUCCCGAAUCUGCAAAAUGUCCCCAAUGCUCAGCUGAUAUUACUGCACUCAUGACCCAAAGCUAUGAAUAUAAAGUUCUCAGUGUGGAGAAGGACAGACUUCUUGAGCUGGUCAACGUCCUACAAACAAGUGAGAAAGAGAUGAACCAGAGAUGCACAGAGGCAGAGCACAAGUAUCAGGAGGAGCGUCGCAAAACAGUCAUCCUGGAGCAGCAGCUGGAGAGGACAAAAUUAGAUUCCAAAUGAAGUCUAUGUGAGCAGCAGAGCUCAAUCUCAGCAGGUUGUAUCAGAGUCAAGCUGAAUCUUAUGUACUACUUCAGUUUUCUGGACGCUCUGACUCAGUAGUUGCUCUCCUGGUUGUCACCCAUCUGUCCAUCAGGGGCAGCGUCUCCCUGUGUGAGACUGGCAAGAUUCUAUAAACAACAGCAACUGCCCACGGAGAGUCUGGGCCUCCUAUAGACCAGCGUUCCUGCUCUGUACACCAUGCCUCCGUGGCCCUCACGUUUUGAAUACACAGACCUAUUAAGGUUGCUCUUGUUGGUUGCUCCACGACUGGUCUUUUAAAUUGAGGCAACAUAUGUACGGAGGGUACUACAGAGAGACCUCUGCACGAUGACCUGCAGCUCUGCAGUGACUUGAUGAGACAACCCAAGCAUAUUUUUCUCCAGGCACUUUGACAGUGGAGACAAGACACUAACCAGCAGGGAAGAGGCCUGUCCCUGCUCAGCGUCACCUCCAGCUGAGGCCCACCUCUCCUGUCACAUGUGUCACACAGCAGCCUUCAGGAAAUAGAUUAGUCUCUCCUGCCACACUAAUGUCUGAUAAAUCUCUUUUUUUUUCUAAAUUUUUUAACACAGUUUUUCCCAGCAACAGUUCAUAUUUCCGUUUGUUUUUCUGCAUAACGGUGACUGUAAUUGAUCUUUCAACUUACAAUACUCUCAUCAGACAAGUUUUUCUCCCGAUACUGAUGCUGAUUAGAUUCAACAUUAAACACAAUUUCUGUUUGUUGUUUUAUCGCUUUUACAUUUUAUGAAAUGUCUUCUGUACUUUAUACAUGGACCAACGACAUACGAGACGUCCAAGCUAAUCAAACAAACGGAUGCUAAAUCUCCUCCAGACGGUGUGACUACUGUAUUUCACUUGUUUUUAUGUCCUAGAGUUUCUGGCAAAAGAUGGAUAAAUGCAAAUUGAUGAAAGUCCAAUCCAAACAGCAAACACCUCAGGUGACUUCCCAUGAGCCUCGUGUUUCCUUGUGAAUAAACGUGCUAAUCAUUUAUGACAUGAGAUCGGCUGUGUAUAAGUAGUGGUUAAAAAAAUAAAAAGGCAUAAUCUUCAAACUGCUGUUGCCUGCAUUCCCAGGAGCACCUCAGGGGUCACCAACAAUGUUGGGGGCCGGACACUCAAUUAAAAUGGAAUAAAAAAAAUAUCACAUUUUAGUCUAGCAUUAUUAUUUCAUGCUUAUUUUAGAAUUCAGGUUUUGGGCUACAUUGGGCCCGCAGACCUUCAGUUGAUUAUCACUGUUCUAUGUGACUACUACUACUAUUUGAUUCUAAUUCCAAGGCUGUGUGGAUGUGCAUAACUUAGUUGCUGCGGCCCCAUACAUUCACACUAACAUUCAUCUAAACAUCUUUUUUUUUUGCUUUUUCUUCCGACACGGCGGUGAGGAUUUCAGUAAAGCCCCCACCUCUCCUACUGCUUGCCCCUCCCUCCUCUCUUCCUCCACAUCACGCUUAAUUUAAGACCAUGGCUGAGUUAGUGUGCAGCUUCAAAUACCGCACUAUUUCUUCCAGGCCCCUGUGGGAGAUUGGCAGGUCCUCAUUGGACUGAGGCAGAAGUGCCACAAGACAAAAAUAUCAGCGUGUGGAUGUGAUGAAGAAAGCCUUUAUACCCCAGACCAACAAAAAACAGCUUGUGUGAAAAAUAUCUCCUGGACACAACGUGAGGAACUCUUCAAUGUAGCUGAGUGAGGCGUGUGUUUACAAGAGAAAUAGAUAAUAUACCAUUGGGUUUGUGACCAUGUGCCCUGCAGGAAA